AUGAGUUCCUACGCAAAUUGGUACCAAGGACAAUACAAUCCCCAUGUAUACGUCCCCCCGUACUAUAACCAGCCGUAUCAACAAGCAGGAUGGCAGGGGCUCAACUUUAAUUUCCCGGGUUCGACAUCUAAAUGGUCCAUCAACCCCAUUCUCGCAUCAGACAUGACCCAUGUGCGCUAUGAUGUCCGCAAGCCCGCGCGAGAAGGGAUCAUGUUAUCUACAUGGCAACAAAUCAGCCAUGUCCCAGCAUUCGUGACGCCCACGUACGAGGUCCUCAUCGUCUCGAAGGCAUUCCCAUGGUCGAUCCUCAUCCAUGUGCCUGCUGGGUCUGUAGUCACAUGUGGUGCGAUCUUUGAGGGAUUACAUGAAAUGCUACAGAAGCCCAUCGAAGACUCGGAGUGGGGAAUCGUGGCCCUCGGUGAUAAGUCGCGGAGGGAAGCAAUCGAGAAAGCUGCGAAGUCGAGACAAGAGAAGGACGGGGACAAACGGCUGAAGAGAAUUGAUUGGCUGGGGGAUACACCAAUGUUCAAGGGGAUGGAGAAGGACGAGGAUUUUCAGAAAAAGAGACAUCUACCCGGAAGUGCGAAAGUCGCAGAGACAUGGGUGGUGAGAUUUGCGAAACCGUGA